AAAUUUUUCAAAGCCUAAUAUAUUCAUUUAUUUUUCUACAUCACAUUUUAUUGAAGAGUGUUCCAUUGAAGGGUACUUUCCAAGCAAAUAGUUCACAUUACCGCAUUCUUCAGUGGACACAGAUAUUUUCCGUAGAAAUGAACGCGUUAAGAAAAUUUGAUCAUACCUGGUCUUUCCAUGGAAUUUAACGUGUCAAACCAGAAAGAUUUCGCAACACCUUUGAAACAAAAGCAACGAGCUAAACGAUCACGUUCACCAGCAUGAAGAAACCGAUAUCGUUGACUAUAGAAUCGUUCUUCGAUGAGAACGUGCUCUCGUGGAGCAAACGUCUGCUCAGCUUAUCGGGUCUGUGGCCGGAAAAUCGCAACGACGUACAAUUUUUCUUCUACAUUACGUACGUCGUGAUCUUCACUUGGCUGGAGAUAGUGACGUUGCUGCAGAACAUCCACGACCUUGAGAGGUCGCUGAAAAAUAUCACGCUAUCGUUCCCGACCAUCUUGAUAGUGCUGAAGGCCGUGAUGUUUCGGUUGAACAUGCAUCUUGUCUUACCUUUGCUGGCACUCGUGAAAAGGGACGUCGAGCAAGGAUUGUAUCAGACGCAGGAGGAACGACAGACAGCGGUGUGGUACAACGUGGCCGCCACGUUAUUUUCCACCUCGUCGGCCCUGUCUUUGUUCUUCGUACCCACGUUGUUCUACACGAAGCCAGUCGUCGGCUGCUUUUUGUCGCAAUUCGUAAAUUGUACACUUCCUUACGAGUUACCGAUGAAAGUGAACCACAUUUACGAAGUGACGGAAAUGCGUACGUACGCUCUCUUCUGUGUUUAUUUGAUACCAGUCAGCAUGAUGUUAACAAUCGGUGCAACUGGCGCAGACAGUCUUCUGGUGACGUUAACGUUUCACAUUUGUAGCCAACUUUCGAUUCUGAGUCAACGAGUUAGAAGUAUCGAUCUCGAACCCCAAAUAUACUUUCCGAAGAUGAAGAUACUCGUUGAACGGCAUACCGAACUUCUCAGAUUGGCGAAUGUUUUAUCCGAGACAUUUAGUUCCCUCAUGUUUGUGCAAACUCUGGGAUUAAUAUUUUCUUUAUGCAUCGUGGUAUAUCAGUUAUUGAUGACCAGCGAAUCUGGCGAAGAUAUGAAUACUGUGCAUUUCAUCAUUUAUUCUUGUGCUGUCGUGUUGUUAGCAUUUUGCUAUUGUUUUUUGGGAGAAUGUUUAAUCAAUGAGAGCAGUGAAAUACAGGCGGCUUGUUAUUUCACAAAUUGGUAUAAUUUACCGGAUAAAUAUGUGAGGUCUUUAAUGUUUUGCAUUGCUCGAUCGCAGAAACCAUUGUAUUUAACCGCAGGCAAAUUUUACGUAUUUUCGUUAGAAACCUUUGGCGUUAUAAUAAAAGCGUCUAUGGCAUAUCUUUCCGUCAUGAAAAGCAUGGUAUAACAAUCGACUUGUUAAAUAUUUGUUGAAGAAUUGUUUGCAACACAAACUGUUAUCCAUUACGAAGUUACUGUAAAAUGAGUAUUAUUUUGAGAUAAUUAAAAUUCUAAAUAAACUGGGUUAUUUAAUUAUGUUGUACCUGUCAAAUAUAAUGUUUGCGCGCAUGUUGUAAAAAUGGGUGUCUUUAAUUAAUUUUAGAAUUCCAAAAUGAUUGGACGUAUUAAAUGUAUGUAUGCACAAUAUCACAUAUUGGAAUAUAAUUUGUUAACAUAACUUAAUAAUAUAUUAACCGAUCAUGCAGUAAAAUGAUCAACAAUAUUUUAGCACAUAUUCAGGAUUUUAUAAUAGAUUUCUUCUGUUCUCGAUAUUCAAACGAUACAUAAUUAGUUCAAUUACAGAAAUGCAAAAUUUUUCAGUCGUCCACAUGUGAAUAGCAUAUGAAGUAUUUAACUAAAAUAUUCAACACGUUUGGUUUCAUUAUGGCGAUUAAUAGUCAUAUCUAAA